CCCCGCGGUUACCAGGCAACCAGCCUGGAAGUCGCAGGCGGCGCGUCGGCAGCAGGCGCCGGCGAGCAGGUGAAAGAUGGCGGAAGGCGGCGGCCCUGAGCCGGGCGAGCAGGAGAGGCUGUCUUCUGGGCCCGCGCCACCAAGCGCGCGGGAUUUGCAGUUGGCCUUGGCAGAAUUAUAUGAAGAUGAAGUGAAAUGCCAAUCUCCCAAGUCUGAUAGACCUAAAGCAACAGUAUUUAAAAGCUCACAAACAGCACCUCAAAGGAUCUACUCAAGUGGACAUGAAUACAGUGGAUUACAUAUAGUUCAGCCAUCAGCUGAGAAAAUUGUGAAUGAACUUUUCAAAGAGGCAAGGGAACAUGGAGCUGUCCCUCUGAGUGAAGCCUCAAGAGCUUCAGGUGAUGACAAAUCCAAGUCAUUUACAGGUGGAGGAUAUAGAUUGGGUAAUUCUUUUUGUAAGCGUUCUGAAUAUAUCUAUGGAGAAAAUCAGCUACAAGAUGUUCAGAUUUUGCUUAAACUGUGGAGCAAUGGUUUCAGUUUAGAUGAUGGAGAAUUGAGACCUUACAGUGACCCACCAAAUGCUCAGUUUCUGGAGUCUGUAAAGAAAGGAGAGAUUCCCCUGGAGCUUCAGCGACUGGUUCAUGGUGGCCAAGUGAAUUUGGAUAUGGAAGAUCAUCAGGAUCAAGAAUAUAUAAGACCCAGGUUGAGGUUCAAGGCUUUUAGUGGAGAAGGACAAAAACUUGGAAGCCUUACCCCUGAGAUAGUCAGCACGCCUUCCUCCCCAGAAGAGGAGGAGAGGUCAAUACUGAAUGCAGCUGUCCCUGUCGAUGAUUCAGUGCCAACAACCAAAAUUCAGGUCCGGUUAGCAGAUGGGAGCCGCUUGAUUCAGAGAUUCAAUAGUACACACAGGAUCCUGGAUGUUCGAGACUUUAUCGUACGGUCCCGUCCUGAAUUUGCAGCUCUUGACUUUAUUCUUGCGACUUCAUUUCCAAACAAAGAGCUAACUGAUGAAAACCUGACACUACAAGAAGCGGAUAUUCUUAACACUGUGGUACUCCAGCAGUUAAAGUGAGAUUGCUCCUGUCCAUGCAGCAGCAUGUAGUAAAAUAAUGUGCCAUAUUAAUAAGGAAAAUACUUGUAGCAUAAAAAAGUUAUUUUUAUUAUUUAUAUAGACAAAUUUGGUUUUAUUCUGAUUCUGUCUUUCAGCCUUAGUAUAGAUCAACUUGGAGUAGAAACAGAUCUUGAGAGAAAUAUGUUUGAAUUUUUAGUUGCAGGGCUGGUUUAUGUUGAUAGUUUAUAAAUAUUUAGGCAUACCAAUUUGUUACAUGCUCAGUGUUAAUGUAACAAUAUUUGUUUACAGAGAAAAUGAACAAAACCCCAUUUUGAUAAAUGCAUUUGGUAAAAUUCAUGCUGAAGUUUCCUGAUGCUGCCUUGAUCAACAUCCAUUAAGAAAUCUAUUGAUCAAAUAAUUUAAAAAUUUUCCAUGGUAUAUAAUAAAACAUUUGUAUUCUGAUUUUGAAAUACUUUGAUCAUACAAUAAUUAUUUCUCCUAUUAAGAUUUUGUGCAUCCUUUUUACCUAGUGAUUGGGCUAUAUUAUUAGUGUCAAAAAAUUCAGUUUGGCCUUGUAUUUUACAGAACUAUGACUGUCUUAAACUAAUCACAAAGACAUAAAGAUCACCAGUUCUGAGAGGAUGUGUUAAAAAGCACUUUAGAGUCAUUAUAAUCCCUCCCAGAGCCUGUGUUUAUCGCAUUCAUUUAUUCAUUCGACACAUUUUUCUACUGAAUCCACCAUAUAUACUGAACACUGUUCUAAGUGUUCAACACAGAGUGUUUUCUACUCCAGGACAAAUCAAGUGUAGAAUGUAAAUUCAGACAGACUGGAUCUAAAGAAUUACCAGCAUAAAAGUUUGCAUUUCUAUAGAAGCUGAGAAUUUCCUGAAUGAGGCAGGCAAAAUCAAAAUGAUAGAAAGCUUUUUCUUCCUCCCAGACACCGUUUCAUUUUUGGUCCAGGGGUGGGCCUGUUUUUUGUGUCUUCCAGCUUGCAGAGGCCCUUGGCCUCCCCUCACUUGUGGCUGUGUCCCUGCAAUCUCUGCUUCUGACCUUGCAUCUUUUACUACCAACUUUAAUUCUGCUUUCCUCAUAUGAGGACUGUUGAGGUUACAUUUGGUUCACCUAGAUAAUCUGGGAUUAUCUCAUCUGGAAAUGCUUAACUUAAUCACAUCUGAAAAAUCUCUUUUACUACAUAAAGUAACAAACUCACAGGUUUGGGGAUUAGAACAUGAAUGUUGUGGGGGAGCCAUUUGGUCUACCUCAGUUUGCUUCCACAGGGAUUCACAUCCAUCGCAAAUAAAGCCACCCCAUCCAAAGGUGCUUAAAAGACAACCUAUUACAGCAUCAACUUGAAGUCUAAAAUCUUACCUGGAUCUCACCAGCUCAUAAAUCCCAAAUCUCAUUCAAAUCACUUAAAAUCAAGUAUGAGUGAUGAACUGGGUAUGAUUCCUGGGACACAGUUCCUUUUCCUGUAUGUGCCUGUGAACCUGGAAACCAGUUUUCUGCUCCCAAAUACAGUGAUACUAUAGUAUAGAAUAGCAGGUAUAGAUAUUCUUGGUCAAAAACAAAAAACAAAUUGGAAUGAAAAAUGGAGCCGUAAGUGCCAAGCAGUUAGAAAUCCAGCCCAGCACAGUCCGUGGGGUUUCAAAGCCUGGGAAUGGUCUGGGACUCAGCAUCGUCCUCUAGGCCUGUGACACCCUGGCAGUCAUCUUUCCUUUUGGAAAGGUAGCACGUGUUCUCAGCUGAGUAGCUUCCUCAGCUUUCUUGCUUAUGGAAUUGCAGGUCCAACCAUCCUCUUUCACUUCAUACUAUCUCUCCCUUUCAGUUUAAGAUGGCAAAGACUGGCUGAUAUCGCAUUCCCAAGAAACGUGAUCUUCUGUAUGUUACAGAGAUUCACUGCAUUAGAGCAGGGACCCUCCACAGAGCUUUCCUAAAUAACCCAUCUCUAUGUUGGGCCUUUUCUCAGAUGGCUGAGAGGAGCUAUGAGUCACACCCUGAAUCUCUUCAAAGAGCCUUUUGUGUGCCUGAAUACUCUGACCUUUUGGAUCUUUCUCAGGUUUUAGCAAAAGUUGCAGAGCCAUACCCACAUCUCCUGCCCGAGAGCAGGCUUUCCUGACAGUGAAUCUCUUCCAUUUUAAUGUCUUUUGCUGUUUAGGUGGCUAAGAAUUUCCCAGUCAUCAGGUCUUAUUUCCUUUAUUUUUAACAGAUCUGUCCUCAAUUUAUCAAUCUCCUCUCAUAUUUUGAUAUAAUCAGCAAGAAGAAAGCAGACCUUCCAAGCUUCUAAGUUUGCUUAGAAAUGUCUUCAGCUAAUUAUCUUAGGUUUAUCACUUUAAAAACUUUUGCUUCCCACAUAACUGCAGACACAAUUCAGCUAAGCUUUUUGCCACUAUGUAACUAGAACCUCUUUCCUUCAGUUACCAACAGCAUGUGCCUCAUUUCCUUCUGAGCCCUCACUGGCAACACCUUUAAUGUAUACAUUUCUACUAGCAGUCUGUUCAUGAUAAUUUGGAAUCUGUGGCAAUUUAGGUAUUCUGUACCAUGCUUCUUACUUCCUGCAAGCCCUCACUGGCUCCAACGUCCAUCUAUUUACUAACAGUGUUCAAGGCAAUCUUCACCCUUUCUGUCAUGCUCCUAAAAAUUCUUCCAACUUCUACCUCCUGACCCCCCAAUUCCAAAGUGAUAUCUGUGUUUUUGGUAUUGUUACAGCAGCAUUUCCAGGUAUCUAGAAAAGUCUGCCAUACCUGCUCACUGCCAAUAGACUUGAAAGUGCCAAUUCACCUCCCUCUGGUUUUUUCAAGGAGGAAUUUACCUUUUAGGCAUUUCCUGGUAGUACCAGGAGUGCUACCAGAAUCACCAGAGGAUGGAAAGUACUAGUCCCACCACCACAGGAAACCCUUUUUCUCAGUGUCAUAAUACUGAGUAUGAGGAUCAUUCCUGUGUCUCCCCUUCAGAAUAGGAAGCUCUGUUCCUUUCCACAACUGAAAACAAUUUGGAAACUGUUAUAUAAAUAGCCAUUUGAAAAGUCAGUCUCAGUUCAAAAAUAAUACCAGGGAUAAACUCCAUUUUCACAGGAGAAGAAGCAUCUUGUUAGGGAAUAAUCUUUCAAAACAAAUGAACAUUUUAAAUGCAAAGGCAUUGCCCUGUUUGACAUUAGUAAAAUAGAUAAGAAAUUAACCAAACACUGUAAAAUUAUUUGAAAUUGUAUUCUUGUAGUUUAUUUUUAUCAUUUAGAUGGAGUGCCUAUAGAUACCCAAAAAUAUCUGCCAUUUUUGUAUAUAACAGUCUUCCAACAUCAGAGAUUAGCAUUAGGAGGGAAAACUAAAUAUCCAGAAGGGAUGAGCAAUCCUUUCACAUACACUACAGAGUGUUCUGCUUCAUUUAGAGUUGUUUUCCUGGAUUCUUUUUACUAUUGAAAUCACUGUAACUUUUAAAAUAGAUAUUCAUCUCAAGAAAGAUUACAGUGAAGUUAGACAACCAUGUUUUAGGUCAGUUGUUUUGCAUGAUGUGUAUAAUCAAAAAGUUUUAAUAUCUGAUUACCAAUAAAGAAUGUUUUCAGUGAAACUCAUUGAAAAUCCUUUUCAUAAUUUCCUUGAUUUACAAUUUUAUUUGAGUGGUGUAUUAGGGUAUUUUCAAAGCAUGAGUCAGAUUUCUUGUGGUUCAGUUUUUCUGUGAUGCACCUUUCCAAUGGGCAGAGAAGGAACUGAGUGAUAGCCGUGUUAUGUGUUUCCCUUUACUAUUUGUUUUUAUUCCACCAAAAUAAAGGUGCACAUUUUAACUUUUUGCCACAGUGGAUUUCUGAAAAACUUGUCACAACAUUUGUCGAAAAAAGGGCAUCAUGUUUUUUUGUUUCUUUGUUUUUGUUUUUAUUUUGGUAUCAUUAAUGUACAAUUACUUAAACAACAUUAUAGUUACUAGACUCCCCCUAUUAUCAAGUCCUCCCCACAUACCCCAUUACAGUCACUGUCCAUCAGCAUAGUAAGAUAUUAUAGAAUCAUUACUUGUCUUCUCUGUAUAUACCGCCUUUCCUGUGUGUCCCCCUCCUACGUUAUGUGUGCUAAUCAUAAUGGCCC